CCUCGGGUGCAGUCGUCACUCGCGUCUGACUAGCAGCUCCCCGCUGUCCUGCGCACGGCGGGCUGGCAUCGGGCCCGGGGAAAGCAGAGCAGGUCCCAGGUGCUGAGUGUUGCGGCGGCGGCGAGAAUCCGGAGGAGGAGGAGACGACAAGGAUAGGCCCAGGAGCUAUGGAGUCCAAAGAAGAACAGACAUUCAAAAAUACCAACAUGGAGCUUGUCCCGAAGGAAAAGGCAGAAAAGGCGCCAGUUGCUAAUAGAGAGGAGCCGGUGGCCCUCCCUUUUGAAGCUGGAGAGUACCUGGCACCUAGAGGAAACCGUAGACGGUUCCGUGCAAGGCAGCCCAUUGUGCACUAUAGAUGGGAUAUGAUGCAUAGGCUUGGAGAGCCACAGGCAAGGGUGAGAGAAGAAAAUGUCGAAAGGUUUGGGGAGGAGAUGAGGCAGCUAAUGCAGAAACUGAGGGAAAAGCAGUUGAGUCAUAGUCUGCGCGCUGUUAGCACUGACCCCCCUCACCAUGACCAUCAUGAUGAAUUCUGCCUUAUGCCCUGAAACCUGAUGCUUUCCCUCAAGUACAUAGGGAGACCUCUGAUUCCCAAUUUUACGCAUUUGUGAUGUACUGUUGAUGUAAACGUUUUGAAGUUACCCAUUCCCUUUAAUUCCCUCUUCUUAGCUUCAAAUUGAAUGGUGUAUUUUUGACCCAGUCUGUAAGACUUUGUUUGCAGAAGAAUUUUGCCUAUUGCAUGGAAAGAUGUUCAUUAUAUAUUGUGAAGUUAAUAAAGCAGUUUAAA